AUGAAGGUAUUUGCAGCUGCUGCUGUUACUGGGAUGGUUGCCUCUGGAUAUUUUAAAGUUGAUCGAGCGGUUGAGGCCAAGGCUGCAGCAAAAAGUCCCUUUUCCCAGUCAGUAUAUCACUCGUAUAAGCUGGUUUGUGUACAGGAUGAAUCACAUGACACGAAGAUUUUCACUUUCGCCCUUCCUGAAAAGGAUAUGGAGCUUAAUUUCGAAGCGCCAUCAUGUAUAACUCUGCGGUAUGUGGACGACAAGGGGAAGGAAGUUGUGCGGCCAUACACCCCUUUGAACCUGGAAUCCGACAAGGGAAGUUUUGAGUUACUGGUGAAGUCAUAUCCCAACUCGAGGAUGGGAUCGCACCUUCACAACAUGAAGGUCGGUGACUCGAUUGAAGUUCAGGGCCCAUGGAAGACAAUGGAUAUUAAGUCUGGUCAGUAUGAGCACAUUGGUAUGCUGGCUGGGGGUACUGGUGUUACUCCAAUGUAUCAAAUUGCCCGUAACUUCCUCGGAAGGCCCUCUAAUACGACAAAGUUCUCAUUGGUUUGUUCCAACCACUCGAAGGCGGAAAUGUUGUUGGCGGAUCGCUUCGGUCAGUUGGCCAACGAUAACCCUGGUAAGCUGUUUGUGUUUCAUUCGCUGACGUCACCACCUUGGUAUUGGAGAGGUUACAGGGGUCAUAUAACGAAAAAAGUUAUCGAAGAGACGAUGCCCAGUCCUAACUGCGUUGACAAGGCGAUAUUGCUUGUUAGUGGUCCACCAGGUUUUAUGAAAACAAUCAGCGGAGAGAAGCAAGGGCGUUCACAAGGUCCUCUUAGUGGGUAUCUGAAGGAAUUGGGCUACCCAGAGGCUAUGGUUUACAAGUUUUGA